AUGGACGGCUCACUACAGGAUACUCCGAGAACUCCGAAAGGAGGUCAAGGUACCCUGAAGGAGCUCCUCCGGUCCCGCCAACGAACCCAGAACGGCGUUCGUGGAAAUCCUAAAUCAUGCUUACCAUGCCGAGAACGAAAAGUUCGGUGUAGCAAGGGACAGCCGUGUUCAACCUGCGAGAAACGAGGCCAUCCAGACCUUUGCGAAUAUGAAUCUCGUACUUCACUCGACAGAGCCCAAUCGCGCAUUCGUUCAAGAACACCGCGUCUUCCAAGUUCCAUGUCACCAGAGAGAAACCAUCGGGGAAGGGAGAAUUCUGUUUUAGACGCUGAAGCCUCGACGAGACUCUCACACGAAAGGCCUAGCGUGGAUGCAGCCACUCCUCCGGACUCAGGAGAUGCCCACGGUCAUGGAGCAGUACCGACAACCGGAACAGCACCGGCCAGUCGUCGAGAAAUAUCGUUCUUCGCUGAUAGCUCAGCAGUUAACAUGGUGCGCCAGCGUUCACCACAAUCAAGAGAUGACCCUGCUCGUCAGUCGGCAUUUGAGACUGGCAUCUUGCCAUUACUUGGCAUGAGCGAUAUGUCUGGCUCAGCUACCCUUUCUUUCAGUACUUUGCCUAGUGACCAAGAAACUUUCAGACUGUUUGAAGUUUACCGCCAACGGGUACAACCUUUUCAUGUAAUAACAUGCAACUUGAGCCAAAUCGAAGAGCGAAUAUGCGCCCUCGUCAAUGCGAGGGCAACUAACCCACGAGAAGCCCCUGGUUCACUAGUAGACCCACGCUGGCUCUGCUUACUGCAUGCGAUUCUGGCGUGCGGGGCUCAGUUCUCAGAUAUGCCAUUGACUGAACGUACAUUGCUGUUUCAGAAGCAUACAACACACGCAUUCGAUCUCCUGAGAUGCACAGACUAUUUGGCAAACCCAUCGGCGCAGGCAAUCCAAACCCUGCUGCUUCUUGGAAAUGCCCUACAGAAUGACAUGAAGCCUCAAGCGGCUUGGGUGCUUGGAGGAACAACAAUACGGCUUGCCCAGUGCUUAGGGCUUAAUAAAAAGCCUGAUCGAUUGCCUUUUGCAUCAGGUGAUCUAGAGCAAACAAGAUACCUGAGACUCGCCAUCGUCUGGCAGGAUGCCCUUUUGGCGCUUGCUUUCCGCCGCUCUCCGGCUUCGCAAGAAAUGGACUUUGAAGAAGACCUGCCUGUUCUCACUAAAUCACCCGAUGGCGAUGGGCUCUCGUAUUUGCACGCCAUGAACUGGCUUUGCCACGUCACGUUGUCAUAUAUAUCCGUCCAUCAACGGAAAGCAGACCAGCUUUUGCAAAUACUGGAAGAUAUACACUCGGUCGAACUUUCAUUAUCGGCACAUUUGAUUAACCCUCAGAGGGGCACCUCCUUUCGACAGCUACAGGAAUACUAUGCUUUUGAGCUCCACAAGAAUUUCGUCAUUUCUACGCUGUGUCGGCCCUUCAUCUCCAGUGCUGGUGCUCGUCAACUUGAUGAGGGCGAACGACCGGUUGUCUUGGAACGAUUUCGGGAUUCACUCAGACGCAGUGUUCGUGCAUAUGUACGCUUACGUUCAAUUACUGGACAUGCCAGACGAUCUUGGGCCUUCAUUCACAAUGGUCUAACCUCUGUUCUUCUACUGAGCUUAAUGCGCGAAACGAGGUAUUUGCCUGAGACUCGCACACUCCAGGAUGAGAUGGUUGCCAGUCUUUCAGAAGGAGACCAAGACUACGACAGAUCCAAUCAUCUCUCUGAUACACACAGGAAAGCACUCAAGGCUAUUCAGACCCUUCAGCGCUUGGCAGGCCGGGAUUUAAGUUCAAGAGGGGGUAACAGAGGUUUCAAUAACACAAAUGAUCAGUGUUUAGACACUCGUGAUGGCAACUCUGAGCCAGUUAACGAGCAAGAUCCAGGUCUCUUCAUGCAACAAGAUAACUUUUGGGACAUGAACGGAACCGACUGGUCCUUUCCUAUCAACUUCGAUCAAUCUCCGCUUGGCGCGUUCGAUUACAUCAUGUCUAACGAUAUUCCAAAUGGCAACGAGUCAUUCCCUCCAAACUUUCCCUAA